AUGCAGCACUGUGCGGACCACGUAGACUCGAGUCGCUCCUUUGGUGCGCAUGCAGCCCGCGUGCCUUUCCUAACGACGCUGAUCCUGACCUCCUCACUCCUGCCUUGCGAAACGACGCACCAACCAGGCUAUGACGACUCCCGCGGCGAUUACUAUUUGACCAAGCACGACCAUAUUGCGUAUCGGUACGAGGUUCUGGGCCUUCUCGGCAAAGGCUCGUUCGGACAGGUUGUCAGAUGUCUGGAUCACAAGACCAAGAAAACGGUUGCUCUCAAAAUUAUCCGAAACAAGAAGCGCUUUGAAAAGCAGGGCCUGGUGGAGGUCAAAGUUCUGGAGCAGCUCAAGAGCCAGGAUCCCGACGACACCCACAACAUCAUUCACAUUGGCGAAAGCUUCCACUUCCGCGGCCAUCUGUGCAUCACCUUUGAGCUGCUGGGCAUCAACCUGUACGAGUGGCUCAAGGCGGGCAGCUUCCGCGGCGUCCAUCUGGGUGUCGUCAAGAGAUUCACGAUCCAGCUGCUGCAAUGCCUGCUGUUGCUUCAAAAGGAGAAGAUAAUCCACUGCGACUUGAAACCCGAGAACAUCUUGCUUCGGGACCCUGACUUUGACAUGAGCUCGCCCGCCUACGGCAUCAAGGUCAUUGAUUUUGGCAGUAGCUGCCUUGAGCACGAGAAGGUCUACACUUAUGUGCAAAGCCGAUUUUACAGAAGCCCCGAGGUCAUUUUGGGCAUCAGCUACAGCACGGCCAUCGAUAUGUGGUCCCUCGGCUGUAUCCUGGCCGAGCUCUACACCGGCUACCCGCUCUUCCCAGGCGAAAACGAAGAAGAGCAGCUGGCGUGCAUCAUGGAAGUCAAGGGCCUCCCUGACGCAAGCUUUGUUGACUGUGGCAGUCGCAAGAAGAAGUUCUUUGAUAAUGGCCCCAAGCUUAAGCCCAACAGCAAGGGCGUGAUUCGUCGCCCCGGUAACCCGUCCAAGUCUCUUGCCAAGGUCUUGAAGUGCCACGACACUGCCUUUAUCGACUUUAUCGAGCGCUGCCUUAUCUGGGACCCGGACAAGCGCAUGACACCCCAGGAGGGCUUGAACCACGAGUGGAUC